GCGGGGCGGUGCUUCCGCCUGCGGGAAGCCGCGCCGGGCCGCUCGGAGGUGCCCGGCACAGUCGGGAGUUUGCGCCAGCUACCGCCGCCGUCUGUGCGGCCCGAUGAGGGGGGCGAUGGAGCUGGAGCCUGAGCUGCUGCUGCAGGAGGCCCGCGAGAGCGUGGAGGCGGCGCAGAGCUACCGGCGGGAGCUGGGUCACCGGCUUGAGGGGCUGCGGGAGGCGCGGAGGCAGAUCAAAGAGAGUGCAUCACAGACAAGGGAUGUUCUCAAACAGCAUUUUAAUGAUUUAAAGGGAACCCUUGGGAAGCUCCUGGAUGAGCGAUUGGUGACCCUUUUGCAAGAGGUGGACACCAUUGAACAGGAGACCAUUAAACCACUAGAUGACUGCCAGAAGCUCAUAGAACAUGGAGUCAGCACUGCAGAGGACUUAGUCCGAGAAGGUGAGAUCGCCAUGCUUGAUGGUGUGGGAGAAGAGAAUGAGAAACUGUGGAGCUUUACCAAAAAGGCCUCGCACAUUCAGUUGGACAGCUUGCCAGAAGUACCUUUACUGGUUGAUGUGCCUUGUUUAUCUGCUCAGUUGGAUGACUCAAUUCUUAACAUAGUGAAAGACCACAUUUUUAAGCAUGGAACAGUAGCAUCUCGCCCACCAGUACAGAUAGAAGAACUAAUAGAGAAACCUGGAGGCAUCAUUGUACGAUGGUGUAAGGUGGAUGACGACUUUACAGCCCAAGAUUAUAGGCUCCAGUUUCGUAAAUCUACUUCAAAUCAUUUUGAGGAUGUAUAUGUAGGUUCUGAAACUGAAUUCAUAGUAUUGCACAUAGACCCCAAUGUUGAUUAUCAGUUCAGAGUCUGCGCCCGAGGAGAUGGCCGACAGGAGUGGAGUCCUUGGAGUGUCCCCCAGAUAGGUCAUUCCACAUUGGUGCCUCAUGAAUGGACAGCUGGCUUUGAGGGGUACAGUCUGAGCAGUCGAAGAAAUAUAGCACUCCGGAACGAUUCUGAAUCAUCAGGUGUUCUCUACUCCAGAGCUCCAACUUAUUUUUGUGGGCAGACAUUAACAUUCAGAGUUGAAACUGUGGGACAACCAGACAGAAGAGAUAGCAUAGGAGUGUGCGCAGAAAAGCAGGAUGGAUAUGACUCUCUGCAGCGGGACCAAGCUGUGUGCAUUAGUACAAAUGGAGCAGUUUUUGUCAAUGGAAAAGAAAUGACAAAUCAGUUACCUGCAGUUACUUCUGGGUCCACUGUAACAUUUGACAUUGAAGCCGUGACUCUAGGAACCACCAAUAGUGAAGGUGGAAACUUCAAGCUUCGAGUAACUAUAAGUUCAAAUAACAGAGAAGUGGUUUUUGAUUGGUUACUUGAUCAGUCUUGUGGUUCUCUUUACUUUGGAUGCUCAUUUUUCUAUCCUGGAUGGAAAGUGUUAGUGUUUUAGAUGUUUGAGUGCUUGGCUUUUGUUUUCAGGGUUUAACGUAGCUGUCCUCAGCCCAGUGUGAUUGUAAUCGCUUUUUUAAAAAAAAAGUUGAAUUCAUCUCUAACCUAGGCCAUUGGAAAUGGAAAGUGUUUACUGGAUUCAUUUUGUAAUAUUUUAGCAAAAAGAGACUUGAAUGUUGUGGACAAAAUCAUAAUUCAGUCCACUUUUUUUUAGCAUACUGUUAACUAAAGCGUUGCAUCAUAAUAAAAACCAAAUUGACUAAAAGUAUGAGAAGAUGUAGAAAGUUCUAUACCCUUCCACUGUACUUCUUACAGUUGGUUAUUAGACCAGGAAAAUUUAACAUAAUAUUAUAUUUUAAAUUAUCAUAAAGGAUCCAAGUUUCUUUAGAAUAAAACAAGAGGAAGAGAUCAGAAGCUGUGUAAUAUAUUAAUUUGCUCAUAUGCUGUCCAGGUGAAUAUGUUGACUGUGCUCUCCGUGUUCAGGUAUUUGUAAGCAGUGUUGACUUUUAUCCCAUCUUCAAUAAUCUUUAGGUCCCCAAAACAUUA